GAGGCUCUUAGAAAGCUUGGCGACUCAAACAGAGGUUUAAUGUAAAGCCUCCAAUUUUUAUUUCUUCUUUCUUUACCAAAAAAAAAAAAAAAAAAAAAGGAGGGGGGGAGAGAAGUGUUGUGAAUUUCCAGCAAACUUUGCACACUAAUUUGAUGCUGCAAAAAACUUGCACCGCUGGAUAUUGGAAGGGUUUGGGGCUCCAGCUUGCAAACCGAAUCCAUUUCUUUCUUUCUCUGGUUGUAAUUGAAGACAGCCAUGGAGCAGAGAGAGAGGCUGCCUGCAGAGAACUGCUCUCUCCCCGUUGACAGGCAGAAAAACCGUAAAUAUCAAUGCAUCUUGGGUUUCCUAUGCGUUUUCCCAUUGGCUGUUCUGCUGGCUGCUGUGAGAUCGCCCUUGGCCACAGAUGCUCAGGAAAUCCAGGAAGAUGCUGCAAUCCCGGCUUUUCCGAAGAAUAUCCCCUUGCCUCGCAGAGACCUCACUUUCCCGCUUCACCCUCAUCUGCGGAAGAAGCGCUACACUCUCACACCGGGGAACCUCAAGUGGGACCACUUCAAUCUGACGUACAAGAUCCUGUCGUUUCCCAGAAACCUCAUCAAUGAGAGCCAGACCCGAAAGGGGCUGGCUGCCGCUUUCCGCAUGUGGAGUGACGUCUCUCCCUUCAGUUUCCGGGAGGUGCAGCCGAACUCAGCCAGUGAUCUGAAAAUCGGUUUCUAUCCCAUAAACCACACAGACUGUCUGGAGUCCAAGAUCCAUCACUGCUUUGAUGGCACGACGGGCGAACUCGCCCACGCCUUCUUCCCUCAGACUGGCGAGAUCCAUUUUGACGACCACGAAUACUGGAUCGUGGGCGAUACGCGGUUCAGCUGGAAAAAGGGUGUCUGGCUUACAGAUCUGGUCCAUGUGGCAGCGCAUGAAAUCGGCCAUGCUCUGGGAUUGAUGCACUCCUUGGACCCGAACGCCCUGAUGCACCUCAACGCCACACUGACUGGCAAAAACAAAAUCUCGCAGGACGAGAUGUGGGGAAUUUUCAGGCUUUACGACUGCAAAGACCGACUCUUCGUAUGUCCUUCCUGGACACGCAGAGGGUUCUGCAAAAAGCGCCCAAAACUUAUGAAAAAACAUUGUCCGUACAGUUGUGACUUCUGCGUAGAAUUUCCUUUCCCAACGGUGGUGCCAACAGCUCCUCCUCCCCGGCUGAAAGCCAGGACUGUCCCAGAGGGCAGAAACGUCACCUUCCGAUGUGGCCGGAAGAUAAUCCACAAGAAAGGCAAAGUUUAUUGGUAUAAAGAAAAAGAGCUUCUGGAAUACUCCUAUCCUGGCUACCUGUCCCUGGACGACGACCAUAUGAGCAUCAUAGCCAACGCCAUUAACGAAGGGACUUACACUUGCAUUGUGAAGAAAAAAUCAAAGAUCCUGACCACGUAUUCCUGGAGAGUUAAACUGAAGCAUUAGUGGACAUCCUUUGCAAAGACUUUCAUGAUCUCGUCGGUUCCCGAUAUGGACGACUUUCUAUUUUUGCCUAUAUUGUACGUACAUAUCUAUGACACAUUUACUUCCCGCGUUGCCUCCGUCCUUUACGACGGUGUCAUCCUUGCUUGGCCGAUCCGUGAGGACGCUGGACCUUCCUCAGUCGGCACUGAUCACUUCCACAAGGAGGUGAGUACGGAAGAGAUUAGAAUCGCCAUUGAAAUGAUUCCAUAUUUUUCCUCUGUUCUUUCCCUUGAGUUCAUAAGCCAGCUGGCUUAGUUGGUUACUCUCUCGGGGGACUUUACUGUGAGUUUUGAUCAGCUCUACAUCCUUAGAGAUGGGCAAGAGGUGAUUGCAUUGUAACACUUUCAGCUUUCAGUGUGUUCUCAGACUUUGUCCAGACCAUCGGGGCCCACAGCAGCCACAUUUGCAACAAUGCCUUAAAAGCCUCUAAAACCACAAAAGCUACAAUUAACAUAAGAACAGCCGUGCUGGAUCAGGCCCAAAGCCUAUUUAGUCCAGCAGCCAGUUUCACACAGUGGCCCACCAGAUGCCUCUGGGGAGCCCACAGGCAAAAGGUAUGUGCAUGCCCUCCUGCUUUUUCUCCCCUGCAACUGGGCUUGAGAGGCAUCCUGCCUCUGAGGCUGGAGGUGGCCCAUAGCCACCAGACUAGUAGUCAUUGAUAGACCUGUCCUCCGUGAAUCUGUCUAAGCCCCUUCUAAAGCGAUCCAGGAUGGUUAUACAUCACAUCUUGUGGCAGUGAAUUCCAUAGAUUAAUUACGCUCUGUGUGGAAAAAGUACUUCCUCUUGUCAGUCCGAAAUUUCUCGACCUUCAGUUUCAUGGGAUGACCCCUGGUUCUGGUGUUAUGAGAGAGGGAGAAAAAUUUCUCCUCUGUCCAUCCUCUCCACUCCAUGCAGAAUUUAAUACACCUCGAUCAUGUCUCCCCUUAGUUGCCUCUUUUCCAAACUAAAGAGCCCCAGAUGCUGUAGCCUUGCCUCAUAAGGAAGGUGCUCCAGGCCCCUGAUCAUCUUGACUGCCCUGUUUUCCAGAUCUACAAUAUCCUUGUUAAGAUACAGUGACCAAAGCUGUAUGCAGUACUCCAGAUGUGGCUGCACCACAGAUUUGUAUAAAGGCAUUAUAAUAUUAGCAUUUUAAUUUUCAGUCCCCUUCCUAAUGAUCCCUAGCAUGGAAUUAUCCCUUUUCACAGCUGCCGCGCACUGAGUUGACGCUUUCAAUGAGUUGUCCACCACGACCUCAAGAUCUCUCUCCUGGUUGACAGGGGCGUAUCUAGGGUAGGGCAGGCAGGGCACGUGCCCCGGGCGCCACUUGAAGGGGGGUGCCAUUUUUUAAAAUGAAAAAAUAAAUAAAAUAAAUGGCCACUGAAAACAAAAUGGCCACCACACAUAGUCAAAUGGCCUCUGCAAGACUCUAGUAUCUGGGAAAAGACAAAUUCUCCAUUUAUUUUUAAAACUUAUGCAAUAGUGAUGCUACAAUGCAUAGUAGAGAAUUAGACAGGCACUUCAGUUUAGUUUUCCAAGUACACCUCCACAUAGUAUUUGGGUAUUUCAUGAGCCCCAGCGUACUGAAAUUUGUAGUUUUCGAGCAUUUUUUGAUCUGGCUACGUCCACUGUUAAAUAGCUUUUGAAAUAUUAAAAGAUUAACAAGCUUGACUUGUAUUUUUGAGCUGAUAUUAUGGUAAAGUUAUCUGAAAGAUGGGUGUCAGAUGUUUGGACAGGGGGUGCAAUUUCAGUGCUUGCCCUAGGCGCUAUUUUUCCUAGAUACGCCUCUGCUGGUUGGUCACUGACAGCUCAGAUCUCAUCGGUGUAUAUGUGAGCUUGGGGUUUGUUUGUUUUUGCCCCAGUAUGCAUCACUUUAUGCUUGCUUACAUUGAACUGCAUUUGCCAUUUUGUUGCCCACUCCCCUAGUUUGGAGAGAUCUUUUUGCCGCUCUUCACAAUCCGUUGUGGAUUUCGCUACCCUAAAUAGUUUAGUGUCCACUGAUGAUGUUGGAGGAACAGAAAUGAGCAGGAAUGUCCUCCAGAGUUUAUUCCCAGGAACAUAGGAAGCUGCCAUAUACUGAGUCAGACACUUGGUCCAUCUAGCUCAGUAUUGUCUACCCAGAUUGGUAGCUUCCCUCAGGUUGCAGGCUGCGGUCUCUCUCAGCCCUAUCUUGGAGAUCCCCAGGAGAGAUUACAAUUUGUUCAUUGCCAUCCUGCCUUUUUCCUUCCUUUUUCCAAUUUUACAUUCACGAUUUGGGAGUCGGGCAUAAAGAAGAGGUGAUCACACCCAGAAAACUGCAAGCACAAUGCUGCUGUUGCCUCUUUUCCAUCUCUUGGGGACGGUGGGUGUACGUUUCCAAAAAUAACAAGCAUCCGUCCACUGAGAUGGUACCAAUUGCCAAAAUUUGUGUCUCCUGUGGACUAUUUGUGUCAGUUCCUAGAUUGUAAGCCUCUUGGGGCAGAGAUCUGUUCCUAAUACACCACACAUGUGCAUGGCGUUCUAGCGAUGAUUAUAUAUAUAUA